AUGCCGUCGGAUGCAGAUGAUGUACUUGACAUUCCAGACGAUGGGGAUGACAGUUCUUCGUUAUCUUCUUACGACUCGGAGGAGUUCGGACUGGUAGCUCGAAAGGGGUUUGCAAGGAUGUAUGUGCUUUCUCGAAAUAUUCAAACUGACGAGGAUUCCAAGGAAGUUUCAAGAUCAAGCUGGAAUUUACUUUAUGCAAGCGGACAGCACUAUUUCCACGGCCCCAUUGAAAUGCCAGAGGAUAUUCAAGUUCGAGAAGAAGAACACAGUCGACGUGGUAGUUUCUUUGAGAGCAUUUCGCGGCCACAUGAAGGAGGCGUAGAAUUGAGGGAUAUCCCUCGAUUACUACCGUUACUUCAUGCACAGCAGGAUUCCCUCACUGAGGUAGAUGAUGUGGUGGAGUUAACUUCGGGACAACGUGAUGGGGUGUACCAAAUGCUAGAAGUGGGCGAGUUUUUCGUUGAAGAACUAGCGAAGCCACGCACGACCGAGAGACUGGAACUAGGAGCCAAAGAACUCCCGUGGCUAGCUGAAGCCACGGAGAACAACAACCCCGCGUUCUUUGAGUUGCAGACUCACCCCAAUACAAAUAAUGGUCUCGCGGACGCAGGCGUUCGACUUGUCGUGAUGAAACUCGUGGUUCGUGGAGUACUGCUUGACAUCAUCUACUCUCGAGACUCGUAUUUCGUCACGCUACGUGAUAAUACGGAGGAAAUCGCGCUUGAAGACACUUUCGUUCCGAAUGUUGCCAACGCUGGUCCAUGCUACUUGGUGCGUCGCUAUUGCGACGAGGAUCUCAAGCAAUUGCUCUUGUGGUGUCCACUCCCCACGGAUUUUUCGCCUUUGCCACUUCACCAGAAGUCAACGUUGAGAUCUACCAGUCCUGGAGAGAAAUCCCGAAUUUUAGCUGCAAACGACACUCAGUUUUAUUGCCUGAUUGCCAAACGUCUUCAAACGAGAAAAUCCAAGAAGAAAAACUCGCCUACUCGUGCGAAACAAAGUGUUGGAGACGAUGACUCGGGGGAUAUUGUGGACGAUGCAGUUGUGUUCCAGUUUAACCAGUUCGUCUACCACGGAAGUGCUCAACUCCCAACAAGUAUGCUAGAUGACUCUGGAGCUCUUGCAGGUCGUGGGUUCCCUCUAUUACGUGCACAAGCAAGUGAUCUCGCCUUUGCCGGUGUAUACGAAGAGAUUCUGGGACCUGGAGGUGAGCAUGAAGCUGAAUUCCCGCGCACCAAGUUCUUAAGUCGCUUUGCUACUAUCCAUCAAAGAUUUCAACAAGAAAUAGGCUUCGUCCUUCUGGAUCUCCUAAUUGGGGCUCAGAAAUGGGUACACGACUUCGUGAGGGAAGUUCCCACUGCUAGUGGAGGAAAUGCGUUAAUUGCGACCCAUUUGGCUCGCUGGCUGGAGAUUGAAGACGGCUCCGAGUCUUUCUUCGAGCUUGAGUUAGCACGUGGCUCUCUCUGUCCAUUUGCUCAAGUUGUGGAUGAAGAUCAAGCGUACAGUGAGCAGCAGCCACUGGACUUGAUGGUCUGGAAGGGAAUUGUGCACGAUGCGUUGCUGGGAGUUAUAUAUUGUCGUGGUAGCUUUUUCAUGACACUAAAAUCUGUCAGCGACGGUGUUGUAGACGAUGAAGCUUCAGAGCAGCUUUUUGCUGGAGUUCCCACGUAUCUGAACAAAGGCAGAGGCUAUCUAGUGCGUCGUUUACCCAGUACAGCAGGAACUCCAGCUUGGUUGGCUGGAGCGAAGCUGUUGCUCUGGCAAACGAGUGUCAGUCUCGAGCGUGAGGAGCAAGAUGAGGCUCAAAUCCAAGCCAGUGAGAGUAAAACGCCCUGCAAGGACUGGUUCGAGGACGACGCUAAAGCUGAAGGCAAAACGUCAACGAAAGCUCAAUCCAAACCACUUUCUCUCCGUCCAGCGGAGUUCGCAGAUGAGAAAAUUUCUUCUAUUGCAGUAUCUAAAGCCGACAAAGUGGCGAGACCUCAUCAUGUGUCUCGACUAUCAAGUAGUGAGGCGCUUCUAGCUUUACAAUCCAAAGCUCGAGCCUCAGCGCAAUCUGUGCCAUGGGAUCGACGUACUGGUCGUCCACUCUAGAUGCAGUCUAAAAAUCUAGGAUUUAUAUUUUCAUUUCAAAUUUCUUAAUUCUAC